AUGCGACUUACCCUUAUCCUCGCUAUCUUUAGCGCGAGUCUCGUACUCAGCCAGGACCGAUGCGACGCCGCCAAGACGGUCAUAAAGUGCCAUAAUGUCACCGAGAUCAUGGCGUUGGAAUCAUCGGAAUGCCAACCAUACCACAUCUUCAUCGCUCGCGGAACGGAUGAAAAGUCGCCAGGCCGGCAGGGUAACGUGACCAGGCUUAUCUGCGAUAAGCUUGGCAGAGAGCGCUGCGGAUGGGAGGGCCUUGAUUUCCCAGCGAAGAGCAGAUUUGUUGGCCAAAAGGCGUGGUGUGAAUCCGCGGAGAUAGGGGUGAAGAAUGGCCAAACCCAGCUGCACACGUACGCGGCGAGGUGUCCGGAGAGCAAGUUGAUUCUGCUCGGGUACUCUCAAGGCGCAUCCAUCGUGCAAGAUAUGCUUGGAGGAGGCGGCGGACAUUUUUGGAAGUGUGACCAGGCAAGCAAUCGAGCUUUGGAUCGGCAGGUCUCGCCAGGUUCAAACAUUGUCGCAGCCGUCACUUUCGGCUCGGUCGCUCGUUCCGGGGGUCAGCCAUACGCUGUGAAGGAAGGGCGAGAGUUCAACGGAACGCGCACCCGUACGCCGGAGCAGGUCCGGGGUCUCAACCAGUACGCCAGUCAGCUUCGUGACUACUGCAACUUCGGCGAUCCUAUUUGCGCGAGGGAAAGCCAACCCCAGAGCCUCCAGAAUCAUCUCACGUACUUCGAGCUAUAUAGCGAAGAGAUCGUGAGCUGGGUGGUUAAAACUGUCCGGAAAUCCGAGUACCGAUCAUUGCUUUCUUCCCCAUACUGGCUGAUCGGCGCGACGCUUUUCUUCGUGGCUCUUUCAUGGUCCGUUCUGUAUUUCUACAGCUCAUUCCGUCGCAGCUUUUCGCGAGGGGCUUAUUACCUGCUCCCUCGAGAAGAGGGAACGCCGUGA